AUGGCGGAGGAAGAAAACACGCUUAGCCUCUUUCUUGAAGCUUGCCGCAAGGAGGGUGUGAAGCAGCCAAACACAAUAUUAAUGGAUUUCUUCCGCAGUAACCCGUCGCCCAGCCAGAUUGAGGAGAUUGACCUCAGCCACAAUUACGUUGGCAACCGCGGCAUCCUUGCCGUGCUGGAUCUCAUUGAGAAACUGCCGUCGUUCCGCUUCCUGAACUGUUCGAACCAGAAGCUGUACAACACAGACCUCAGCGAGGACAGCGUUAGGGGGAACGCCACGGUGGACCGCAUUGUGGAGGUGUUCAAGGUGCACCCCACUGCCAACGCCCUUGACAUCAGCAACAACCCCAUCUCCAACUACGCAGGCCGGAAGUUGCUUGUGCUCGCUCAGGUGAACCGCCGCAUCUGCCGCGUGGAGCUGAGCGAGACCCGUGUGGAUUUUGAUCUACGCAAGCGCAUCACGCAGCAGUGCGAAAAGAACACCAUCGCCCUCUGGGAGGCGCAGGCGUCUGAAGGGGCGGAAGAAGAAAGGGGUUUUGGAGAGGGCCCCGUCUGGGUGCCGAAACAGGCCCCUGCGGAUCUCACAACGAUUGGGGGUGGCAGAAACCGCCGCCGCACCGUGCGCAGCGAGGGCAUUGACCCGGAGAAGGCCAAAUUGUACCAGGCACCGUACUUUGAGAAGAGCGAGGAUGAGAUGAACCUCAUCACGAAGCUCCUCACCCACAAUGUCCUUUUCUCCUUUCUUAACACGAAGGACAUCAAGGUGGUGGCUGGGGCCAUGCAGCGCGCAACCUUCAAGCACGAUGACUGCAUCAUGGAGGCGGGGCAAACGACGUGCAACAAACUUUACAUUAUUCAGUCCGGCCAUGCUGACAUCAUAAAGGAGGGGCAGAAGGUCUACCUGAAGACGGAGGGAACGGCGGUAGGCGAGCUCGAACUGAUGUACGAUACUCCUGUUGUUGCCACCGUGAAGGUUUGCACAGAUGAACUCAUCGCGUGGGUGCUUGACCGUGACACGUACCGCAACCUGGUGAUGGGCACUGCCAUUCGCCGCCGUGAAACUUACAUUCAGUUCCUUGCAAAUGUACCGUUCCUUGGUGGACUUGACAGUUACGAGAAGCUGCAGCUUGCGGACGCAUUAAGCAGCGAAGAGUUUUCUCCCGGUGAAUACAUUAUUCACUACGGUGAGGAGGGGGAGUGGCUGUACAUCAUCAUGGAGGGCACCGUGGAGGUGAUCGGUCGCGACGCGGACGGGGAGCCGACUAAAGUAUGUGAAUUCACGCAGGGCGAUCACAUUGGCGAGUUGGAGUUCCUCAACAACCACCGCACUGUCGCCGACGUUGUCGCCACGACGCAUGUCAUCACGGCGAAGUUAAACCGCCGCCACUUUGAGAUGUGCCUUGGACCCGUCAUUGACGUCCUAAAGCGCUGCGCAGAUGACCCCAAGUACGAGUACUACCAGAAUGUUCUCAAGACAGGCGCAGCGCAGCCAUCGUACGUGGAUGAUGUAUAA